AUGGUUAAACCGGAUGGAAAGUCCACUUCGGUGGUCACUCUGAGCGAGACUUAUCCAAAAGAGCGCGCAAAGAAUUAUGGCACCCUAGAACCACGUGGGGAAAGUACCGAAAAGAACAACCCUUUUCUGGACCCCGAGGUUGCAGAAUACUGGCGUGGGGUAUACGAAAAAGCGCAAUAUGAAUGUCGGGAUGUGUUUGAUCCUGAUCUGACGUGGACUGAGGAGGAAGAAAGACUCUUAGUUCGCAAACUCGACUGGAGAAUUUGCUUAUGGGCUUGUGUCAUGUUCUUCGCACUCCAAGUCGAUCGAGGGAACCUUGUUCAGGCGGUCUCCGAUACUUUCCUGGCCGAUCUGAAGCUUAACACGAAUGAUUACAACUAUGGUAACAUCAUCUUCCGAGUCUCAUUUCUUGUCGCAGAGCUACCAUCGCAGCUCAUCUCAAAGAAGAUUGGACCAGAUCGCUGGAUUCCCAUUCAGAUGGUGCUAUGGUCGGUAGUUGCGAUCUCACAAUGUGCCCUGACCGACCGGAAGACAUUCUUCCUCACACGUAGCUUGCUGGGUAUCUUGGAGGGUGGUUUCAUUCCGGAUAUCGUGCUGUGGCUGUCUUAUUUCUAUACCUCUCGCGAGCUUCCAAUUCGUCUAAGCUUUUUCUGGACGUCGCUCUCCGUGACAACAAUCGUGACAUCUCUGUUGGCCUUUGCCGUCUUCCACCUUAGUGGUGUUCAUGGCUGGGCAGGCUGGCGAUGGCUCUUCCUCAUCGAAGGAUUAAUUACCCUCUCUAUCGGUCUAGCAUCAUUCUUUAUGAUGCCCGCAUCGGCAGUCCAAACCAAAACAUGGUUCAGACCAAAUGGAUGGUUCACCGAUCGUGAAGUCUCAAUUGUGGCUAAUCGUGUCCUCCGCGAUGACCCGUCCAAGGGCGACAUGCAUAAUCGGCAAGCCGUAACUCCUCAAAGACUCUGGAGUGCGAUUAAAGACUACCACAUGUGGCCGAUUUAUUUCAUCGGAGUGGUUGCAUACAUCCCUCAAUCACCUCCGAGCUCAUACAUCACGCUUACUCUGCGCUCACUCGGUUUCAACAAGUUCAACACAAAUCUACUCACGAUUCCAGCGAAUGUGUUCCAUAUCGGCAAUCUACUUUUGAUCACCUGGGUAUCAAGUCGUCUCAAUCAGUGGUCAUUGGUUGCUAUGUUCCAGGCUCUAUGGACGCUUCCAUGCUUGCUUACACUCCGAUUCUGGCCUGAUGUUAUGUCCAAUGCCUGGGGAACGUACGCGGUGGUGACAGUAUUGCUAAGCUACCCAUAUUGUCACGCCAUCGUGGUCGCAUGGGUAUCCAGGAAUGCCAAUAACGUCGGGAAUCGCUCGGUGGCAGCUGCACUUUACAACAUGUCGGUGCAAGCAGGAGACGUUGCUGCUUUCUUCAUCUACAGAGAAGAUGAUAAGCCCAAAUACCGAAGGGGUAAUACUGAUUUGAUUGCGAUCAAUAUCCUGGCAAUCGUGCUAUUCGUCGCGGCCAAAGCAUACUAUGUGUUCCAAAACCGGAGGCGGGACAGGAUCUGGAAUGCGAUGUCUGAACAAGAACGGAAUGAUUAUAUCCGAGAUACUAAGGAUCAAGGAAGCAGCCGAUUGAAUUUCCGGUUUGCGCACUGA